UCCAUCCCUCCCACUUCCGCGGGCACCCGGCCGUGCGUCGCCUGCGUGGUGACGUCAGGUGCGUGCCCCUGUCCGGCAGUCGAGGAGACCCCGCGCAGUGCUGCCAACGCCCCGGCGGAGAAGCUGAGGUCAACGUCGAAUCUGAAAUAUUUAAAGUGGAUACAAAACUAUUUCAGCAAUGCAGACAAUUAAGUGUGUCGUUGUGGGUGAUGGUGCCGUUGGUAAAACAUGUCUCCUGAUAUCCUACACAACAAACAAAUUUCCAUCUGAAUAUGUACCGACUGUUUUUGACAACUAUGCAGUCACAGUUAUGAUUGGUGGAGAGCCAUAUACUCUCGGACUUUUUGAUACUGCAGGGCAAGAGGAUUAUGACAGAUUACGACCGCUGAGUUAUCCACAAACAGAUGUAUUUCUAGUCUGUUUUUCAGUGGUCUCUCCAUCCUCAUUUGAAAAUGUGAAAGAAAAGUGGGUACCUGAGAUAACUCACCACUGUCCAAAGACGCCUUUCUUGCUUGUUGGGACCCAAAUUGAUCUCAGAGAUGACCCCUCUACUAUUGAGAAACUUGCCAAGAACAAACAGAAGCCUAUCACCCCGGAGACUGCUGAAAAGCUGGCCCGUGACCUGAAGGCUGUCAAAUAUGUGGAGUGUUCUGCACUCACACAGAAAGGCCUAAAGAAUGUAUUUGACGAAGCAAUAUUGGCUGCCCUGGAGCCUCCAGAACCGAAGAAGAGCCGCAGGUGUGUGCUGCUAUGAACAUCUCUCCAGAGCCCUUUCUGCACAGCUGGUGUCGGCAUCAUACUAAAAGCAAUGUUUAAAUCAAACUAAAGAUUAAAAAUUAAAAUUCGUUUUUGCAAUAAUGACAAAUGCCCUGCACCUACCCACAUGCACUCGUGUGAGACAAGGCCCAUAGGUAUGGCCCCCUUCCCCUCCCAGUACUAGUUAAUUUUGAGUAAUUGUGUAUUGUCAGAAAAGUGAUCAGUACUAGUUUUUGUUUUGUUGUUUCCAAAAAAAAAAAAAAAAAAAAUUUUUUUAAAAAAAAAUUUUUUUUUUUUUUGGUUUAAAAGCAAGGCAUGCUUGUUCAUGACUCUGUUAACAGAAACUAAUUCAAAUUGUUGAAGCUGCUCCCUGGUUCCACUCUGGAGAGUAAUCUGGGACAUCUUAGUAUUUUUUUGUUUUCCUUUUUUGGGGGGGGUAUGUGGGGAAUUCGUUUUAUUUAGUCUUGUUUUUUAAUUCGUUAACCAGUGAAUAGCCCUUGAGGGGAGGAGGACGGAUUGAUUCCACAUUCCACUUCCUAGAUGUAGUUUAGAAAGCAUGUUCCCCACCUGGUGCUCUUAGGAAGGAGUAUGGUAAAUGCCUCAUUUAAUAGCAUACUCCUUUUUGAAAGUUGCCUUUCUCUCCACCCUUGAGUAGGUCCAGUAUUUGAUGAAGCUCAUGAAAGUGGGUGGAACCUGUCUUGCCCCUCCUCUUUUCUAGGAUGCACUAUAUUUGUGACUGUGACUUUCAAGGAAAUUUGUUUGCCAUUUGCUGAUUUUUUUGGAAGUUAAUUUCUAACUUCUUUUACUGAUAAAUGAAGAAAAGUAUUGCACCUUUUGAAAUACACCAAAUGAAUUGAGUUUAUCAUUAAAAAGAAUUUUUUUUCCCUGUCAGUCAUUGUCUAAUAUGCUUAGCUUAGAUAUGCAGCUUAAUAGUGUAUGAUGUGGUGUUCCUAGAACACAGCCGAAGACCUGGUGUAUAGAGGAAACAUGAGGGGUGGUGCUAGCAGACAGAUGUCUAUGGAAUGAUUCACAUCCUCUUUCAAGUGAUGAGGAUGGAGGCCUGCUUCAGUAAGAAGCUAGGGGUGGGGGUGGGGGUGGGGAGAACAUUUAACAACAUGGGGACCAGUCAGGGGAAUCCCCUUAUUUCUGUUUUACGUAUGAGGAACCCUAGAGCAGCCAGUUGAGGCUCUCUAGUUUAAUAAAAAUCACAGAAAGGGUCUUAUGAAGACUCUUCAUAAGUGUUAAUACGGAUUUUAUUGGCUUAUUUUGGUUGCAGUUUCCAAUUUUUUUUUUAAAUGUUUAGGUAAUCUUUUUCAUCUUCCCAAAAUCCUAAUUCUUGUAGAUUCAUCAGUGUUGGACAGUGCUUUCUCAUGUCUCAAUUCUUUGUAUAUGCAUUCUUUUCAGAUGUAUUAAACAAACAAAAAAAUCCUUUACAAGCCAGCCUGAGGGUUGUUAUUUUCCCUCCGCCUCCUUUCAGGUAUAUAGGAGUGGGAACUUAACUCUUAACAUCAAUUUCUAACAGAUUUGGGCAUAAAAUUUUCAAGCUCUAAUAUUUUUAUUUAUUUUGUUUCUUUUCUGGCAUUCAGUUUGUUUUCCGGACAGUACAUUCAGGUUUGUGCUUUCUCCCCCAAGUUUGGCAGGCAGCCCAGAAACUCCUUUCCUUAAUACCACAUGAGUUCAUAAUAGUUCUUAAUGAAGAAAUGUUCAGGAAGCUUACUGCCCAUGUUGUUGCAAGAAAUAGUAAUAUACCUCUAAUCCAUAGAUAAGUUGGCAUGUUUUCUGCAAAAACUUUACCCCAAGCUUUCUGUAUCAGUGGUUCUCAGAGUUGGCUGCAUACUGGAGUGCAGCCUGUGUAAUGGAAAUCUUAAAAGCUUUUCAGGUAUUUCAAAAGUGCAGCCAAUUUUGAGAACCACUACUCUUAGGUUGUUACCUCAAACUAUAUCUGUCAGGUUCCAGCUUCUGCUGUGGAUCUGAACACCAGACACAUUUUCUUAAAGUGGCAGGAAUGAUUCACUUACCUUAAGAGCAACACACUGAUCUGGGACUCUGAGAAACUCAGGACUGUGAUUGCAGGCAGGAUGAUACAGUGCAGCCACAUUUUCCUCUACGUGGAGCCAUGUUUGUCUUGGUUUCAUACUGUCUGCUAGAAUCAAAGUGGGUUGGAACGGCGUUAGGAAGAGGCAAGUCUAAGCAUUGCCUGUUUUAACCGUGUGUCUUAUUAUUCCUUGUUGACCACACUGGGGAGAGAUACCUGGCUCAUGCUGUGAGGCCCUGGGCAGCAGAGACUAUAUAUCCCUAGUUACUAACACAGUGACAUAUAGGACCUUAAGAUAUAUUUGAAUACACACUGGUCGUUUUUCCACGCAUGAGUGACCAAUUGAAUGCUUAUAUCCUCAUUUUCUAUGUCACUUUCUUCUAGGAGAAAGUUUACUGUUUUCUCUUUUCCCCUUCUGAAAUAAUUUCUCCUCAAGCUAAUCCUUGUGCAGAGUUCCUAAAUGCUCUUAAAAAAUCUUGUUCUCUUAAUAAAAAAUUUCAAAAAUUGCAGGAAGUGCCUAGUAAUCAAAUUUAACCUAUUUUAUGUACUACUCAAAGUUUGCAUUUCUUAGAAGCAGUUUCCUAAAGUAGAUGCAUGAGAUUGACUACAUCAGCAGAUAAAACAGAUGGGAAGUUUUAGCAUAGUUCAGUGUUUUGCAACCUUUUUUUCAUUUUCUCUCCCCUCACCCUGAUCGCCACUCCUUUCUCCCACCACGAAGUUAAAUUUAAGGAAUAACGUUUUGUGGAGUGGGGUUAAACUUGGGGACUGGGAAGGGGCACAAAUGAUUAUAAUAUCUAAGAUUUUUUCACUCUCCAAGAACCAGUGUUUGCUACAUUGGAAGCAGUAUUAAACCUGUUAAUACUGCAUGAAGAGGAGCCCUAGUAGCACAGUGGUUAAGCUCUUGGAUGGUAACUGAGAGGUCAGCGGUUUGAAACCUCCAGCUGCUCCAUGGGAGAAAAACGUGGCAUUCUGUUUCCAUAAAGAUUUACAGCCUUGGAACCUCUAUGAGGCGGUUCUCCUCUGUUUUAAAGGGUCAUUAUGAGUUGGAGUCGACUUGACAGCAACAGGUUUUUCAUACUGCCUGGGUUUAGCUGUUCUCACUUCAAAGUCAUGUUUGUAAUUCCUGAUAGCCAUCCUGGUUCUUUUGGGUGGGGCUGAAUAACUAAACUGGCAGGACUUUGGGUAAGUGAUGAGCAGCGCAAAUCCUCUUACUAUCCAAUUUAAGAGUAUCUGCCUGUGCAUACGAAAUUUUGGUGCCAUCUUGAAGUUGUUUUCAGAAUUUCAAAACAGUAUAUUUUUAUCCUUAUGUUAUGGACAUUUUUCUGCACAUGGGCUUAAGUAGAAAGAUAUGCAAUAAGAGAUUUUAGAAACUUGCCAAUCGGUGUAAUUCAGGGCAGGUUUGACAGAAUAACUUUUUGUAUUUAAUAUUAAAGCCUACAGAGCUUGCUUCUAGUCAGUAUUGGCCUUUAAUGGCUGUGUUUUGCAUCAUAGAAUUUCUUAGUUGAAGAGUAUGUACUGACAAUCCAGUUGUUACACAUGCCCAGUUGUGUACAGUUUGCCCCUGAUGUAUCUAAUGCUGACUUUUCCAUAAUCCCUUUUGGAUAGGACAUUUAAAUGACUUUAUUAGUCUCAUUACUUCAUGAUGCGUACUGGGUGCCUGAGACAGUAUUGGUCAGGGAAGGUAAAGAGCCAGUGUACGUUCUAAAAGGUGAGGAGAAGUCUUGAAUAUCUGAGAAGAUGGCAAGUUUUUUUGAUUUAGGAGGCAAGAAAUAACUUGUAAAAAGUAUUUUUCCAUGAGUAUUUAUAUGUGGUAUAUCAAAAGAUUCAGUUCUCUUCCUUCUUACUGAAGAGUACCAUUUAGUUGAAGCUAAGUCAUCUUUAGUCUAAAGUGGGUAGAUCAUAGACAAGUUGUUUACAUUUUGUGGAGACUGACUUCUCAAGUGCUUCUCUGAUUCUUGAAGUUGUUCGCAAAAGCAGACGUUCAUUGUGAGAUUUAAUGCAUAUAGCAAUAUACAACAUGUCCCCCGUUUUCCUUCUUCCUUAUGGGAUUCUAAUUGUCAGAAUAUGAUCCAAGUCUGAACUUGGCUUUUAUCUAAUUCAUCUAAUUUUCUAUAUAUUCAGAAUUCUGUGUUUUCAUAGUUCACCUGUAUCUGGUAACUGGAAGCACAAAGAAAGAACCUCAUUCUUUUCAGCAUUUGAAGCAAAAUUGCCAGUCACCAAUAGUUACCUGCUAAUUAACUUUUUCAAGCCCCCAAUAGGGACACUUUUUUUUAUUAUUAUUAUUCCUUUCCUACACGUUCUGUGGGAUAGGAUCAUUGCUCUGGGAAUACACUUUUUACUUUAUACAUGUUUAGGUGUAUACUCAUGUCUUUGAAACAUGGUGUGUGAUUCUAGCCAUAGUUUUCAGAAGAGGUCAAGAUUUGCUCCCAACCAGCAUACUGCUAGCUGUGUAUUGGUGUGAAUUCUACUUUUAUCAUACUUCUGGUUAAUGCAGCUGUUGCCUGUAUUUGGGGAGAGAAGGAUUGUAGGUACUAGACAGUGUCCUCCCUCUGAAGAGAUGGAGUUCUAUGGACAGUGGCAAGUAAGCACCAAGAACUGAAAGGGGAAUAAAAUCGAAUGUUUAGAGAGUAUGGGAGGACGCAUUAAAAAAUGUGUAGAAUGUCAAGUUUGAUGAGUAUAAGCUGAGGAAAGAUAAGGGCGUUAGGAAAACUGUAAGUGUGUAAAAUGUAAAGUUUGAUGAGUGUAAGAGGAGGAAAGAUAAGGUGGUAAGGAAAAGUUGGGGAGCACUGAGGAUAUAGGCAGAGGACUCUCAGCCAUUUUGUGAGGAAAUAAUCUGCUGUACAGAAUCCGUCAUGGGAAUUCUGGAAAGCCCAAAAUUGGUAGUGCUGAUUACUUGGUGAUAUUACAAGUACUACUUUUGCCUGUAGUUGCCCAGUCAUUCUAAACCAAAACGAAACCCAUUGCCAUCUGUUUGAUUCCGACUCAUAGCAACCCUACAGGACAGAGUAGAAUACUUGCCUUUGGUCCUGAAAAGCUGUCAUUAAAUUUAAUAGUGUCUUAGUAAUUGUUACAUUCUUAGAAUGGAUAAAAUAAUGUAUUUUCUUCAUUAUUAAGUUUGGACUAUUUUUUUUCUCCUUCCAUUUUGAGGUUAUUAAUAGCUGUUUGGGUGUUGAGUACUAAGAAACUUGAUAUACAGGGCCCUCCCUGCUCAAGGAUUGGAACUUAGUCCCUGCUGGGUACUGCUAACAAAUGUUGGAGAAUUGUUAUAUAACAGUGUGAGGAAGGUACAGCAUUUCACCAGGAAGUAGCAACUCCGUUAUCUUUCAGGGCUUCAUAGUUAUGGUAUCUCUGAACAAGGGAAGUGGCUUUGUUAUAUGUGCUGCUGGAGUGAGCACGAGGGAGGUGGCUUUAAAUCUCACACCUAUUUUAGCUCUUCCUGUUUGUGUGCUGCUUGGAAACUCAGUGGGGCAGUUCUACUGUGUCCUAUAGGGUCGCUAUGAGUUGGAAUCGACUGGAUGGGAACGGGUUAUGAGGAGCCCUGGUGGCACAGUGGUUAAGCUCUUGGCUGCUAACUGAAAGGUCAGUGGUACGAACUAACCAGCUGUUUCCUCGAGAGAAAAGAUGUGGCAGGCAGCUUCUGUUAAGAUUACAGCCUUAAAAGCCUAUGGGGUAGUUCUGCUCUGUCCUGUAAGGUUGUUAGGAGUUGGAAUCAAUUUGAUGGCAAUAGGUUUGGGUUUUUUGUUGUGUUUUUUUCUCUGUGUGAGCCUUACCAUGUGUUCAGCCAGCUUCAAAGAAUGGUGAUUUAACUACAUAGAAAAACAGAAAACCUCACUGUGUUAUUUUCUUUCCAGGGCUUCUUUAAUACCUUAAGUUUAUGUGCUGCUUUUAGGUUUUUUUCUCAAGUGCUUCCGACCUUAUUUUUUUUUUUUUAAAUAAACCUUGUAUUAGCUAUUGCUGCAAUAAUGUUGCAUUUUAAACCACUGGCCCUCAGUAGCUUUCUAUAGUAAACAUUUAUUUUCCUGACUCAUGGGUCUUUUGGGCUUGUCUCUAGGCUUCAGGUUGAGCUCAGGUUGACUCCUUGUUUCUCAAUUCAGGAGCCCGGCUCUAGAGGCCAGUGGUUACCCGAGAGUGAACUUCUCAUGGUGAGCCUGGUGAAGUGCAGGGGUGCCAGGUCAGGCAGUUUAAACACGCCUUUUAUAUUCCAUCGAUCAGAGCAUGCCAUAUGGCCAGGCCCAAAGGUAGUACCAUUCAUUCAGGGCCAUUCAUUCAUUUGUUCAUGGGUACAUUUAUUUAACAGAUUUCAUUCUAGCUAAUUAUUUUAACACUUAAUAAGGUACUGAAGAUAGGGCAGAGAAUAAAAUAGAUGUAAUCUCCUGACUUUUAGUUGGGAUUUUCUUUCCCUUACAGUUUUGAUAGCUGCGUAUUCUUGAAUAACCAUGUCGUCUCAUUCUUCUAUGAAUUGCUCUCAAGAGAGUAAAUGUGUGCACAAGCCUGUGACACACAUUCAUUUGUCACUGUUUAUCGGGCAUCUGUUUUGACCUGGGCACUGGAAAGAUCAGAGAAUGACAAUCUCAGGCAAUUGGAGAUGUAAGCAGGCUAAGGUAAGGGCUUCCAUGUAACCAUCCCAUAUGGUAUUCAGUCCACUGUGUUGUGUGUGUGUGUGUACUGCUGUGCUAUGGGUUAGCUGGAACCCCUGCUGGGUACCUGGGCCAGUGGUAGCUGAUGUUGAGCCUUGGUGCAAAUUAGAAAAGGCUAUUUCAAAGACGCUUUACUCAUGUGUUACAAUACACUUUUUUUUUUUUUAAAAAGAGUACAAGAAUUCUGGUUACCCUUUGCUAGAAUUGUCUUAGUAAUUAUACAAAUCACUUUGAUUGUGAGUGUUGCCUUAGAUGUAGUGCUCUGAUAUAGCAUGUUGGAGUGACUGUUGUUCCCUGUUCUUGUGGGGUUUAGAAUGGGCUAAGAAGGAGAACUGGGUGAAGAAGCGGUUUUGUAGUCCAUUCAUUUUGCUGGCAAGCUAAAGGUGAGGAAGUUCAUAUGAUUUACCUACCAUUGCACAGUUACAUAGUUGCAGAACUGGCCUUAAAAUCCAUGUUCCUGGCUUCUCUUUUUAUUGUGUUUACAAAUGCCGUUCUCACUAGGAUUAGGCCCAGGUUGCGCCCUCUCAAAGCUAAGGGCUGUCUUCCUGCACUAGUUAGUUUCUCCCAGGAUCUAUCUUUCUCAUCUUGCUGCCCUUAGGUAAUUUGGGCAUUAGAGCUAGUUUGUGACAGAACUCUUAAACUUUUGUGAAAUCAGAGACUUGUCUAUUUGAGGCACAGCCAGUGAGUCAUUAAAGUCUUCUGUUAGAAAACUGUAAAAUAUGUUUAAACUGUAGAGUGAGUAAGUAGGAGAUUUAAAAGCACUUUGCGGAUUAGCGGGCUCAAGAUGGGAGAAGAACCCUGAAUUUAAUGAAAUGCUGUAGGGGUAUAGGUGAUUUACCAAAAAGCAUGUGCUUUUUCCCAAAAGUAAGCAGACUUGGGGUUCAUUGUUGUAUUCUUCUCUGUGGUAGGAGUGACAUUUCCAAGUCUAAGGUAAGUGUGUCAUUUUCUUCGCCCUAUGAAAGUAGAAUCCAGGGUCACGGUGAGCUCUGAUGGCACUGAGGCAUCCCACAGAGCAGUGUUUUUCUCAGCGUGAACUGUAGACCACCUGCCACAGUCACUGAGAUUCCUGGGCCCCACCGAACUCACGGAACCUCAGGGAGUCGAGGAGCCUUUAUUUUAAGCAAGCAUCCAUUUACUGUGAUGAAGUUUAGAACCCACUGCUGAGAAUUUUACUUGCAGUGCUGCUCCUAACUUAGCAUGCCGUUUGGCAGUUACUUCCACUGUCCUGGACUGAAUGUAAAAUAAUUGUGAAUUUAGCUAUUUUCGAGGUCACAAAUGCGAGUCAGGUACCUGGUUCAUCAGUUACCUAGGCAUUUAAAAAAAUUCCCCUGAAAUUCUCAAGAUAUAGUAUGGAGUGAGACCUAGAAAUCUAGUUUUUAAAAGCUCCUCAGAUAUAACUUUGAUUAGCCAUAUUUGGGGACCAGUAUACACCUCAGUCGAUCUUAUCUCUGGCUAUGUGUCACCGAGGGAGCGUAUUUUUUAAAAUUGAAGAAAUACUUGGGGCCAUUUUAAUCAAUCUGUAGAGGUGGGAUCAGGGCAUCACUUAAAAUUAUUCUGUAAAUGUUUUGGGGGGACAUCUUUAAAGUUCAGCAGAAUAUUUUAAAGUGCUACCAGGUUUGAGAACCAUAGCACUAGAUGAUUUUGUAAGGUUUCAUUUAAGUCUGACAUGAAUUUUAGAGUAAUUCCUGGAUUAUAGGUCUUUACAGCUUUAUCUGUUCUUUGAGGAAUAAGGUUUUCUAACUUGUGGUCCCAGAUCACCAUUCAGCCUUGAUAAAAAAGUUUUCCAAAGUUCAUAGUCAGGUAAUCUUAUUGGUGAACUGGCACUGAGGUCGUUUGGGCAGAUUCUUAAGAAAUUACUUAGGCAGCAGUUUGAGAGAGGACAGGUAUUUGAGUUGCAGAGAUCAGUUGAAGGUUUUCUAAGUCAAAGUCAGAACGUAGAAGAAGGCUGCAUUUCCCGGAUAACUUCAAGAAAUUGUUCCAGGCAAGUUUCACUGGAGAUGGAUAUCCUUUUUACUCCUCUGCAGUAUUCUGAAACACCUGCAGAGAGUAUACAAGAUCAAAUUCCAAAUAAUGUAAGGUAGUGCUAGAAGUUAAUACGAAAUUGAAGCUAUUCCAACAGGCUAAAAAUUGAACUUGAUCACGUCUCUUGCUAACUUAGACACAUGGUCUACUUUGUUCUGUUGUGGACCCCCUCCUACUCCCAUUUUUCUGAUUUGCCAGACCUUUAGGCCGGUGUGUGGUUUUACUUCUCCAUCUCCUGUAAGUGGAUAUAUAGUUCUAAUUGGAUUGCUUUUUUAAGCCGGAGUGAUUAAACAGCUGCGAUUCCUUUGUGUAUUGGCCUGGUACUGAUGAAUUAGUUCAGGACUUUGAACUGGCUCGAACUGGUUCAUUCAUGGCUUAGGAAGUGAAGCCAAAUAGACCUGAAUUUUUACAGUUUGGGUGCUUCAGAAUGAUAAGGAACAGGAAAAAUUAUGGGUCGAAGCCCUGGAAUGGGAGACUCAGAAGAGGCCUAGUGAGCCCUUUCUCCUGAUGCGGGAAAUGGGAUUAUUGGCAGAGCUGUGGAGAGUGACACAUAUUCAAAGCUGUGUGGUGGGCUGCCUUCUUUUUUUUUAAAUUGUACUUUAGAUGAAGGUUUACAGAACGAACUAGCUUCUCAUUAAACAAUUAGUACACAUAUUGUUUUUUUGGUUACCAGCCUCACGACAUGUCAGCACUCUCCUUUCUUGGUCUUGGGUUCCCUAUUACCAGCUUUCCUGUUCCCUCCUGCCUUCUAGUCCUUGCCUCUGGGUUGGUGUGCCCCUUUAGUCUUGUUUUGUUUUAUGGGCCUGUCUAAUCUUUGGCUGAAGGGUGAACCUCAGGAGUGACUUCUGAGGGCCCUACUCUUGGGGGGUGUCUCUGUCAGGCCAGUAAGUCUGGUCUUUUUUUGUGAGUUAGAAUUUUUUCUACAUUUUUCUCCAGCUCUGUUUGGGACCAUCUGUUGUGAUCCCUGUCAGAGCAGUCAGUCAGUGGUGGUAGCCGUGAACCACUGUCUUUUGAGUGGUGCACUGCUGUUUCCGACUGCUCAAAGUCCAGCGGACAGGAGAUUUGGUUGCUCUAUAACACGUAUGCUGCUCUUGUUUUCGAAGAUGGAGAUUAGGUUUCUAGCAGAGCUUUGACCCACAAUCGUUCUGGUUCACUCAGAUUUAAAAAAUUCGGGUCUGUUCUGGUUUUGCUUUCUCAGCUGUGACUGAACUGGGAAGAACUGGUUCGAAACCCUAAAUUACUUGCUGUAUCUUUGUGGUUUAGCUGUAAAUUGAUGCAAAGUCACUUGACCAGUUUUCACAGAGGCAGGAAUUGGAGAAGGGCACUUGGGUGGAUUUACAAAUUUUUAGUGCUUUUUGAGCCACAAAAUUUGAACUGUAAAAAGUUCUCUUAACUCCCUGGCUGUUGGGGUGUGGCCUUAUGAAGGUGGAGAAGUUUGUGCCAGUACCACACUAUCUAUUUCUUGCUUCUUUUAAACCAUUGAGCUGCUUCUAACUCCUGCCAGUCUUUGCUCCCUCUCCCAAAAAACUAGCCCAUGAGCUUCUUGGAUGGUCAAGAUUAGCUCCACCUAGUGGUGAAUUUAAGUUAAAAUUGGAGGUUGCAUCCGGGGUGCGCUUUACCAAAUAACUGGAUACCACUUCCUUAUGGGGUCUUGAUGGAUGGCAAAAGGGUGGGGAGAAGGUGGUGAGAGAGAAGGGAAUAGAGGCUGAGCCAAUACUUUGGUGGGUAAUUAUUUAGGAGAGGUGGUUAGUCACCCGGAGACUUAAUAGUCCAUCAAAAUUUUAAAUCCAAGGUAGUAUCUCCUGUAGGGUAUUAACUGCCGAAAGCCUUGACUCUGCCCUUACUAGAUGUGUGAUCUUGGAUAAGCCUAUGAAUGUCCCUGUGCUCCAUUUGCUUCAUCUGUAAAUUAGGAAUAAUGAUAGAUUUCAGGGGUGUGUGUGAGGAUUGAAUGAGAUCAUAUAGGUGUAAGUUUUUUGUAAACACAUAAAUGCCAUGCAAAUAUUAGCAGUUACCAGAUUUACAUUGCAAUGGGAAGAAUUUAGGUUAUAUACGAAGUAGUAUUUACUGAUACCAUUGUGACAUGUUACUGGACCUAUGUGAGAGAUUUUGUGUUUCAGUAAUUACAGGAGUACAGAUUCAGUAUUUAUGACACUAGGAUUUAGAGUUCAAGGUGGUUUAGGAAUUCCUUUAAGAAGAACCUAAGACCCAGAGAAGAGGUUUCACCCAAACUCUUUAAUUUCACAGAAGGACUUCAUGUACAUAGUACAUUGUUUCUUAGGAACUCUAGAUGCUCUACCUCCUAAAUUGAUUUUGUCUUUUUAGGAUCCUGGGAGUCAGGGAAACAAGAAACCCCUGAAGAUCAGGUCCACUGGGCAGUUUCCUCUGUGUCCCAGAACUAUCAGGACUGUUUUCCUUAGAUUGAGGCUGUCAUCAGGAUCCUUUUGGUCCAAGCCAGUUUAAUGAACAACAAGGGAUAAGAUAUGUUCAGAAGACAUCACAAUAUUAGGAACUCUAAAUCUCCCAAAUGCUUUGUCUUGUGUAAGGUCAACUUAAUAGAUGUUUUUUUUUUUUUUUUAGCACUGAGAUGCCUGCCGCAAGGCCCUGUGUUAGCAAAAUGGUUGACUGUAGUUCUAGAAAGAAUGAAAUUAAGGGGUAGGGGUAGCUGAAUACAUCAGGAUGAAGAGAAAUCACAUUUAGUUGUUUCUCUAUAUUGAAGUGGAAUGAGGGGAAGGAAAUCAUGAAAGGCUUCUUGAAAAAGGCGACAUUUAGUUGUACCUUGAAGGAUGGGUCUGAUUUGGACAUGCAGAGAUACGUAGGUGUUCCAGUGGACAAGUAUGGACAUUCUGGGUAGAAGGAAUGUGAACAAACAUGGCAGAGUCCUGACAUGUUUGGGGAGUAGCCAGGAGCCCUGCUUAGCCACAGUGUAGGAUAGGUCUAGUAGGAAGAAAGCUAGCUUUCAAGACCCCGAUUAACAAGUGAGUGAGCUAAAGAGGGAUCACUGAUCACAUUCAGGGACAGCUCUGCUCUAGGUGCUGAGGAUCAUAAAAGGAACGGAACAUACUCUUUGCUGAAAUUAUAGCUACAUUUAUUGAACACUUACUGUGUGCUUUGGACUGUGCUAAGUACACAGUAUUAUCACAUUUAAUCCUCAAACAGCUCUGUGAAGAUACAAGUAUCUUCAUUUUAUUAACAAGGACUUGGAGUCUCUGAGACUGCAUAAUUGCUCAAUAGCUUUCUUUAGUUGGCAUUUGAACUCAGGUCUGACUCUGGAACCUGUGUGCUUAACCAUUAUGCAGCUUCUUGUAGAGUUAAAAUGGGCGUGACUAAUUACAAAGCUGAGCACUGUAGCUUCAGUGACAUGUAAUGCCCAGGGCAAGCAUAGCAGUAUAAAGCUUCAUCUGUAAAGGUAGGUUAAUCGGGGAGGAGCUUUUUGGGAAGGUAAUUUAGUGUCAUUUGUAACAUGAGAGAAUGACACCCUUUUCCUUUGAGAGGAUGUACUGUGCCUCUUGAGGUACCUUUGCCCAUUGUGUUAUUUGGUCUUUUUUUUUUUUUAACAUUUGAGUGUUUAUUUUGUACCGACAGUCUUCUAAACCCUUAAGUGUGAAUAAACCAUUUAGUUCUCACUGCAAAUUUCCAUUUUUAGAUGUGAAGACUCAGGCAGGCAUGAAUAAGUUAAAUAACUUGUCCUAGGCUUUAGAACUAGCAGAUGACGGAACUGGGAUCUGAAUUUGGAUCUCUUGCCCCUAGAGUCUGUGCUCUUAGCUGUAAUUUUUCAUUAGAGCAGCCCUGUGAAUUAGACAGAACAGGGGUCAUUUCGUGAGAAAGCCAGACCUUAGUGAAUACCCAAGGUCAAGAGGAUGAUGGGGGGAUGCUGGCUCUGGAACUGAACUCCCUUUCUCUUUACCACCCCACCGAAUGGCAGCUAGCACAGCACCAUUGUUUCCCAUGUAUCCAAUAGGGGCGGUCAGGAGAAAGGUAAGAAAACUUCAUAAGCUUGAUCGAAACACAGGGAGGUCAUUGGGGCUCUGGAGCUACAUCUUCUCGCCAAAUAUCAAGGGUCUUCCUACUGUUUUGAGUUAGGUAGUAAACUCAUAAACUUCAAAUCAUGUUUGCAUUAAUGAUUUCACUUGACCUUUAGUACAACCCUAUAUCGGAGACAGGAUACCAAACCAAACCAAAUCCAGUGCCGUCGAGUCGAUUCUGACUCAUACCAACCCUAUAGGACAGAGUUGAACUGCCCCAUAGAGUUUCCAAGGAGCGCCUGGCGGAUUCGAACUGUUGACCCUUUGGUUAGCAGCCAUAGAACUUAACCACUACGCCACCCGGGUUUCCAGGAGGCAGGAUAGGUGGUUUCAUUUGUCAGAUGGGAAAACUGAAGUAAUGAACUUGGCAUUGUGGUGGUGUAGAAAGUGCAUGCAAAGGCUUUGGGUCUGAGUUGUGGCUCUGCCACUAACUUGAUCUCCGACCUUAGGCAAGUAACUUAAACCUUCUGGGCCUUGCAUUCUCCUGUAUAAAAUGGAAAUACCUUGUUUCUUUGCCCUGAGAGUUGUGAUGGUUAAAUGAAAUGCCAUGUGUAAAGAACUUGGCUCAGUACUUGGCAAGUAGUAGGUCCUCAGCAGGAAAUGGAUAGUGGCUAUCAUCACCAUUGUCAUCAUUAUGUCAAACUACAACCAGAAAACCUGUUGGCUUCUGGGUCCUUAGAUUGCUAUAUGAGUGAGGGGCCCUCAGCCCCAUUGCAGGAAUAGGAAAGGGCUUUAAGGGAGCUUGAGAGUCUAUCAUACUCCCUUAUGUCUUAUUUCUAAGAACUCUGUGAUAGGGCUGGAAAUUUGCCUGGAGCUCCGAUCUACCAUGAACCCUCAGUGUCAGUUUCUUGGCCCUUCUUUGGAAGGCUUUAUAAGAUUUGCACUGGUUUAAUGGAGAGAAUUUAGGUUUGAUUUGAAGCUCUUGUUUCCUAAAGAACUGCAGCUUUUUCUUCUUGUAGAGUUAGAGAUGUUAGGCAGUCAGGAACAGGCACCUGUGAAUUCUUCACUUACCUCAGGCAACAAUGACUUGUUUAGAGGAUGUGGGGUAUGUGGUUACCUCAUCUGUUACUACAAAACUUCCCUGUCAUGGAUGCCAGUUUGGUCUAAGACCAGUCUUUUGUUAGCCCCCAAGGGACUUUGUACCCUGGUAAAGCUAGUAUGGCUAACCAAGUCCUGUUUUUCCUGUUAGCUUGCAUUGUGGUGAUUGGUCUUACCUCUUCGUUUCUCCUGCAGUAGUAAUAUCACUACUGGGAAAUGCUCUGGAUUGGAAGUUGGAAACCUAGGUUCUAGUUGGGACACCAGAAUUUCCUUGAUCAAGUUCCUGUAACUCUCUGUGCCUUUGUUUGCCCAUGUGUUCACAAAAUGGUUUUUUUGGUGUGUGUGUGUGUGUGUAUGUCUUUAGCUGUACACCUCCUUUUUUCCAAAGAAAAAUCUUAAGUAGAGCCCCAUUAUAUAAACAGAAAAGGUAUUAUAUGAAACAGCUGCUAUAGUUGAAGCAAGCCCAGGGGUUUCACUCCCUCCCACUGCUUUGCCCCAAACAUAAAUACAAACUUUCUGCACCCUUAUGGGGCUUCUGAGGCUCUGCCAAGAGAUUUGACCAUCGUACGAUCCUGACGUAGGAUUAUUUCUGCAGCCUCUCCUAUAGCUAUAAGAGUUUUUGUUAGCUAGCUAUUGACAGGUAGUUAAUAAAAACCCUAUAAAACCUGUAUACUUAAAUAUAAAAACAACCAGGUACUGUUGAGUUGAUUCUGACUCCUGGUGACCCCAUGUGUGUCAGAGUAGAGCUGUAGGAUUCUCAGUGGCUGGUUUUUCAGAAGACGGUCACCAGGCCUUUCUUCUAAGGUGCCCCUGGGUGGACUUGAGCUGCCAAGUGCAUUAACCAUUUGUACCACUCAGGGACUAGAUACACAAGUACAGGUAGCCCCCAACUUGCGAUGUAUUUGAGUAACGAACCCCACUUAUGACUGUUUUUUUUCCUCCUUUCUUUUCUUGGGUACAUCUUAUCAUCAGUCAUAAGUACUGCAUCUAAUGUUGCAGUGCAUAAUUGGCUGAUGUUGUCAUGCCAGCCCCCUAAAAUAAAGAUCAAAUUUAUGAAGAUAUUGGUAAUAAAGGGCAAUAAUGAAAACUUUAAAAAAGAAAAAAAGAUACUUAGAACUGACUCGUGAUGGAGUCGUUGGAACAGGACCCUGUCAUAAGUUGGGGACUACCUGUAGACUGUUGAGUAUUUAGGAAGAUUUUUGUGAUUAUUACCUAUUUUCUUUGAUGAGUUUAGAUUUUCAUUGGUAUAUUUGAGAGGCCCUGAUAUUUGGUUCAAUCUCUUGUGUUUUGUAUAUUUGUAGUGUUCCAUAAAGACUGACUUGGUUUUUGCUUGUAAGAUAAAUACGGUUUCUUAACAGUGGCAGACACCGUAUCUCCUUAUCUGAUGGAUCACCCUUCUGGGAGUGCCAGUAGGAUCCAAGCAUAAAUAUAACUAACUCAGUGGUGAGACUAAAUCCCUUUACAGGGACCGCUUUUCUUAGAAGUAUUCUGGCAUUCUCCAUUACAGCUUAUAUAAAAAAGCACGUUUACUAUAGUUACUUGUGUUUUAGAAAUCCUUCUAGUGCUAGUUCUAUAUAGAACUUUUUAAUUUUAAAGAGAAAUAAUAUUGAAUAGUAGGAAAAGCACAUGCAACUUCGGACUAAAAAAAAACCAAAGCCAUUGCCAUCGAAUCGAUUUUGACCUAAUGUUGAAUCUGACUUUGUCAGUAACUGGCUGUGUUUGGGGAGCUUUGGUGGUACAGUGGUUAAGCGCUUGCCUGCUGUAUGAAAAGUUGGUGGUUUAAAUCCACCAACCACGCUGAAGGAGAAAGAUGUGGCAGUGUGCUUCUGUAAAGAUGACAGCCUUGGAAACCCUGCGGGGCAGUUCUACUCUGUUCUUUAGGGUUGCUAUGAGUCAGAAUUGACUUGAUGACAAUGGGUUUGGUUCGGUUUGUUUUUACAUAUCUGUAAAAUUGUGCCAGUAAUACCUUCCAACAUUUUGCAGAAUUGUCAUGAAGAUUUAGGGAUAAUGUGUUGUUCCUUCUUCCCUCCCACAGUGAACACUCAGGCAGACAGAUACGUAAAAUGUGUGACAUGUCAGAGAUUGUGCUAAGUACCAACAUAAAGUAGGGGACUCCGUAGUCUCGUCAGGUCUAAUUCCUUAGACUUAGGAAUCUUUAAAAAGAAGGAAGUCCUUGAAAUUCUCAAAAGGGAAAAAAUUGCUUCUCAAAAUCUAGGUUAUGUAUGACAUAGAAUUGCAAGCAUUUUAAAGAGCUUGAAGAAGACUUUUAGAUUGUUAUGUUUAUUUCCCCUCUGGUUUUUAGUUGUUUUGAGGAUGUAUUUUACUAUUAGGACUAUUUAGGACCCUCCUAGGGGUUUUUGGAAACACUGGUAGCGAAGUGGUUUAGAGCUACGGCUGCUAAUGAAAAGACUGGCAGUUUGAAUCCACUAGGUGCCCCUUGGAACCCUAUGGGGCAGUUCCACUCUGUCCUGUAGGGUUGCUAUGAGUCGGAAUUGACUCGACAACAACAGGUCUGGGUUUUGGUUUUGGGGGGGGUUUUAAAAACUGGGGUGACAAAUCCUUUCCUGAUCCUGGAGAAAGAGGAAAGAGCCCACAGUUGGAGGGAGGGCCUGACACCAGUGAUAAAAAAAAAAAAAAUAGAGCUGAAUAUUUAGCAAAGUUGGCAGAUCUGACCCUUACAACAUAUUUCUGCUUUGUGGUUUGAAGAGUCUUUUCUGCCUCAUUUUAAGUGCGUUUUUUUUUUUUUUUUUUUAAUAAAAGAGGCCACAGGUUUUAUAGGAGGGUCUUGUACACCUAGAAGAGAUCUAAGAUUAUCUUCAGAACUUCAUUUUACACUUGGAGGGGGGAACGUGCUUGCGCAAGGUGUCCCAUACACACAGUUCUUGGGCAGAGCCCAUCUUUAUCUUAGGAUGCAUAGUCCAGAACUGUGUCCCUGUUACACAACAGAGGGUACUCACUUUCUUCAAGAUUGGGUGAAUAAUUCUUGGCCAGUGCUGGUGGAGAGUAGCAAAACUUAGUAUUUAAUAAGUUACAGAAAAAUAAGGAAUCUGCAGACAUGGAAGAGUUUUUUUCCAGAGGUCCUGGAUCAUGAGGCUCUAUACCUGCUUGGAAGACUGAUAGGGAAAGUACAGUGAGAUGGAACUGUCAGAUAGUACUUUUCAGAGAAUGGAAUUCUUGAGCUAGGGCUCAAAAGAAAGGUUGUGUUCCUGAUGUCUUGUAUAGUAAGCCUAGCUUGUUAUACAGGAAAUUUACAUUUACAGUAGCUAAGUAACUUGCCUGAGGUGAGGCUUCUAAAUAGUGAAACCAAGAUUCAAAUCCAUCUACUCCCAAAGCCAGUGUAUCUCCCACAGUGCAUGCUGCCUCCCAGAGGACGAAUGGAUAUACUCGGAAGGGUUGAGCUCAGGCUGGAUUCAGGCUCAUGGAGGAUGUCUGUAAAAAGAGGAAGGACCAGAGCAGGAGGUGGGAUGCAUUUGUUCUGUUUUUCUUUCUUGGAGCCAGUGGGUAUGCAGAAGUCUAAAGUAUAGGUUGUUUAACGUAGAGAGAGGGGGCAUCCACCUCUUGUAGGCAGAGAAGCUGCUCUGCGCUUGGAAGGAGGGCAUGUAGGAAAGUUAUUCAGGUGGCAUUGAUGGGACUGGUCUUAAUACCAGUUUGAGUUAGUUUAGGCCAAGUUUAGGCCAAGUUGUUGAUGCUGGUAAUGACAAUGAUAGAUGACUCAGUCAACUAAAAAGACAGCUGGAAUAGCCUUUAGAGCUUAUUUAGAUCAGUCCUCUUUUUUUGUUUUUGGUGACAGCCUUGUUGAUAUAAUUCACAUACCACACAAUUCAUCUAUUUAAAGUGUACGGUUCAGUGGUUUUUAUUAUAUUCAGAGUUGUGCAGCCAUCACCGCAGUCAAUUUUAGAACAUUUUCAUCACCUCAAAAAGAAACCUAGUACGAUUUCUAACCUCCUAUUUACCUAGCCCUAAGCAGCCAAUAAUCAGCUUUCCGUGUCUAUAAACCAAAAACCAAACCCACUGCCCUCGAGUUGUUUCCAACUCAUAGGGAUCCUGUAGGACAGAGUAGAAUUGCUCCAUAGGGUUUCCAAGGCUGUAAAUCUUCCCGGAAGCAGGCGGCCACAUCUUUCUCCCACAGAGUGGCUGGUGGGCUCGAACCACUGACCUUUUGAUUAGCAGCUGAGCGCUUUAAUCACUGUACCAUCAGGGCUCCUCUAUGUUUAUAGAUUUGCCUAUUCUGGGUAUUUUAUAUAAGUGGAAUCGUAUAGUAUGUGGUCUUUCCUGGCUUGUUCCACAUAGCAUAGUGUUUGCUGCAGCAUGUAUCAGUACCUUGUUCUUUUUUAUGUGUGAAUAAUAUUCCAUCGUAUGGAUAUGCCACAUUUUGUUUAUUUAGGUACAGUUGCUAGACAUUUGAGUUGUUUACACCUUUUGGCUGUUAUGAAUAAUGCUGCUGUGAACAUCGUGUACACUUUUUUUGUGGCUUCUCACUUCAGAUGGUGAAAUUGAGCAGGGUGAUUUGCCCAGUUCACAGUGCUAUUUCCAAGGUAUCCUGGGGCUGGAGGAAGCUCUGGUGCAAUAUACUUGACCAGGAUAGUAACUAACCAUUUAAAUUAUUUUUAGUUUUGGAAACUUCUCUUCCUUCAGAGAUGAUACAGUGGCAUAAGGGUAGACUUUGGUAUCACAUUUUCUACUGACCUUUUCUCCGUUUUACCCUGGACAAGUGACUUCUGUAAGCCUAGGUUUUCCUGUUUGGAAAAUAGGAUUAAUUCUCACCUUGCAGUGUUAUGAAGAUUAGCAGUAAUUUAGGUAGAGCACCCAGCAUAACGUGGGAAUGUCUCUAAGUGGUAGUAGUAUUUAGGAAAAUACUGAAGGGGCUGAGAAAAAUGGCUAGGAGAUGGGCCUGUAGUGACCCAGAGCAGCCACUAGAUGGCAGAGAAGCAGCAAGAAAAGCCUGGCGGUUGUGCACCAGGCACUUAGAAAAGUUCUUGAGUUUCUGCCUUUCUCAUUGUCCCUGGGAAGAGAGCGAAGACUUCUAAAUUGCUAGGGAAAGAGCUUACUGCCCACAGUGUCUCCUCACCUGUACCUGCAGCCUGCAGUUCAAUUCUGAAAACCAUUACUACCUUCCCAAGCCAGUGAUCUUGCUUCACAUUUCUCAAAUAAUUGGUGCCGGUUCCCUAGACCCCAGUCUGCUUGAUUCUCAUGGAACUGUAUACCUCUCAGCUAGCCUUCAGGAAGGCAUCAGUCUUCAUCCUUCUCCCCCUGCCCCCGUGUGUUUUUCUUUUAAUUACAUCAUAAACUAAGCCUUGGUGCAGACUCUGGGGGAGCUUACAGACCAAGACAGCUCCUUUGCUAUGUAUACACAUGACACAUGCUGCCCCUGCAAGCAGCAGCAUCAAAGUUGGGCUGUCAAGGAGUAGUGAGUGCCCAUGUGUGGGAUCAGAUUUGAGGGGAAUUGGCUUAUUUCAGGGCUGUAGAGAAAGUUUGCAUUGGUUGGAAUGUGUGCAAGCAGAGAGCCCCCUUUAAGGGUGCCCUUGGGGAUCGCUGUCCCUGGGUGGUACAGAUGGUUAAGUACUCAGCUGUGAACUGAAAGGUUCGUGAUUGGGGUCUACCGAGAGGCACCUUGGAAGAAAGGUCUGGUGAUCUACUUCUGAAAAAUCAGCCAUCAAAAGCCCUAUGGAGCACGGUCCUACUCUGACACGCGUGGAGCUGCCAUGAAUUUAUAAUCUACUCCAUGGCAGCUGGUUUGAUUUUGCUUUUAAUUGGGAUUGUUAGGCCAGAUGACUUCCAUAUUCUCUUGCAAUGCUGAGCCUAGCGGGCCAGGAUGGGUAUGUAAGGAGAAUGUUUAGCUUUCCCCAUGGCCAUUCAGAAAGAUUUCCCACAGCUUGGUCUCUCCCAGCCACUUUUUGCUCCCAAGUAGGGCAGUUUUGUCUCUCACAGAGCUGAGGCUCUCCAUUUUGCAAAGGCCCAUGAGUAAAGGAUGGAAAAAGCAGGUGUGCUAGGGCCGAUAGGUGAGAUUUUGGGGCUGGGAGGAGCCUUGAAAGAUCAUGUGGUCUGUAUCCUUGCCUUUGGGCAGAUGAAUGUCUGAAUUAGAGGGUACCUAAGCCUCUGUUCCUGAGGUCCCUCAGCCAGGCAGGCCUGAAGCUGAAGCAGAUAGAAGUGAAUGGACCCCGGGCGUUCCUGUGCCUGAGCACUUCAGCACGUCAUUCCUUCAGUUCAUUGGUAGCCAGUUGGUUCUGGUCUCACAGUGUCUAAUCAUCUUACGUCUCUCAUCUUUUCUUAAUGUGAGUGGGAGCCUCUCCUGGUAUCCAGCAUGGUGUUGAGCACACAGUGAGUUCAAAUGUUUGAAGAGAAGAAAGGCAAGGAGAAGAGGGGGAGUCAGGAAUGUAAAAGAAACCAACAGGGAAAAAAGCAUGCACAGGCCAUAAUACCAUCUAUUUAUAAAGCUGCUGAUACUAAUGCUUUCGUGCUCAUCCUCCUAAAAGCCUGUGAGAAAACUGGAUUAGAGUUGAGCUCCUACAAGGUUUUGCAGAUUGAACCGGAGUCUUGGUUCUGAGUCCAGUACUCCUUCUCCUCGAGCACUUAACUUGUGUGUGGGAAAUUCGCUCAUCCAUCCAGUGGGUUCCGUGGUUGAGAAGGCUGGGACUGGCCGCCUGCCAGUUCACAAAUUGGGCAAGGCUCAUCCUCAGCACCUCUCACGUCCCUCUUCUGCCCCCACGAAGCCACAUACCCUUGGGACAGGCCUUCGCCAUCACUUGGUCAGGUUGAGGUAAAUGACUCAUGAGAGACCAGGCUGGUAACUGCUGCUAUGGCUUCCAGAUUAAGGAGUCUAGGUUUUACUUUCUUCAUGAAUUUUCCCCUUCAGAUAUUAAAGGGAAACCAGUUCCACCCUUUUGGGGCUGAGAAACCAGAAGUUGGGGAAGAAGGAAAACACACAGAAAGGCAGUUUUGGAGUUAGAGCAGCAGAAAGGCUUUGGAGUGAAAACAUCUAGGUUUCUAGCCUCCUGUCCCAUCUGUUAGCUGAGACUUUGAACAGGUACAUUAACCUCUCUGAGCUUCAGUUUCUUCAUCCCUAGAAUUAAACAAUUGUUGGGCUGAUAAGAAUUAGAGAUGUGUGCACAGAGAAUGGUGUUAUCUCCUGUGUGCUGCCACGGGUUGAACCCCUGAUUGCCUUCUGCUUUAGUGAACUGAUAGCAGGCAUCCUGGACCCAGGCCUGCUUCUUGGGAAGUUCACCCCAGGGGCUCUAGGAUCUGAUGCAUUUGUACUUUCCCAGUAGAAGAGGAGGUUGUCUUUGAACUUCUUGCUGGCUGCUGAGCCCUGGGACAAAGAGGAGACAAGCCCCAGGGCUGAGACAAUCGUGUCUUUAUUAUCUCAGAUGUCUCGGGCCUGUCCCCCGCCUGGAGAUAUAUGGCUGGGAAGGCUAGCUCCGUGGCCUCGGCGCGAUUCCAGCUCCUAGGAAUGUCUGGCUGUUUUAUAGCAAACAGGAUCACGCACAACAGCCCAGCAUCCAGCAUCUCCACCCCAGAGAGCUUAUUCUCUCCGCCAGCUUGUAAAACAGUGGGACCUACAGCAGUGUGACACAGGCCUCAUGGCUUUUCGGGCCCCAGCAUCCUGGCACAAGGCAGCAAUCCUAGGCAAUGGCACAUCCGCCCAGGGCUCUGGGCACAGGGCCGUGGCAUUGCCAUACCCAAGGGCCUCUUUUUACACCGGCUCAGUUCUCUUAAACAUGGGCUGCCCUGAUUCUAGACUGUUUCUCCCUUUUGACCCUUUGGGAAGCAGCUGCAGAGAGCCACUGAGAAGGCUUGUUUACAGAUGCACUUGGCACAGAAUGGAGAGACCAGCAGCGAUGAGUCCUUGAGUUCCAACCUCCAGCUGCUCCCAGGUGCUGGGGAGCCUUCCACUCUGGGCUUCGAAGAAAUGAGUCCACACUGUUGUCUUUGGCUAAGGCUUCAGGAACUUGGAGAUGAGGAGACCAGCAGACAAUGGGUCAGAUGGCUGUCCAGGGCAUCAUUUAUAACAAAGCCAUGUGGGCUGGCCCUCCAGGGAGGCCUUGCACAAGGACCAGGGGUCAUGAACCCAAGCUGAGACUCUUCUCUGGGGCCCUGAAAGAGGAAUUGGUUCCUGAUAUCCAGGGUCCAGUAGUGGGUGGAAAUGGUUUAAUCCUUCCCCGAUUCCUUUAUCUUGGAGGGGGAGCCCGGAGUUACAGCCAUAGAGCUGUGGCAUUUUAGAGCUUUAAGAGGAUUAGCGCCCACUUCCGGGCCACCUUUCAUCUGGAAGUCAGUCCACCUUGUACCUAGCUAGUGCUCAGUAGAUGGUUGGGUUGGAUUGCUUCUAGUGCCUCACAUCUUUUGGCAUUUAUUCAAUGCUUCCUGCCCUCUAGCCCCAUAAAAUAGAAGAUUCAGAUCCCACCCUCAAGGGGCUCACAGUCCAGAAGGAAUAUGAACAUGUGAACAGUAAUGUGGCACCAGGACUGGGUGGCAUGUACCUGAAAGAAGCACCAGCCCUUUUUUUUUUUAACCCCCUGCCCAACUUAAGUGUGGAGAGUCUGCCCUGAAACAUCUCCUGGCUCAGUGAUUCUCAGGACGGGGGCUGGGAGGUGGAGGCAGGUACAUUCUCGGAUGUUAACAACAGCAGUAGUAACAGCUAAGGACUGAGCGCCACUGUGUAAUAGGCAAUGUGCUAAGUGCUUUGUCUUCACAAUAGCUGUGUGAGGUAGGUGCUGUUUUUAUUCUGAUUUUAUAACUGGUUAAAUGACUUGCCCAAGGUACACAGCUGGUGGAGGUGGGGUUAUUUGACUCCAGAGCUUUUAACCACUAGACACCACUUGAGGGGAAGUAUCAGAAUAGCCAGUAGGCAAGAGGUGUGUAUAAUUUGAAAAUACUUACUUUGAAGUCACCGUAGCUUUGAUUGUUUUUAGUCACAGGAUUUACUUUGAAAUGUCAGAAUUAACAGAAGGCAGGGGUUUUGUCUCAAAGUCAGGGGCGUGGGUUAGAGAUUGAGAAGCUCUUUCUCGCUAAUGAACUUAUACCUCUGCUGAGUAAGCUGUACUGAGCUCUGACCCUUGAGGGUGUAUUGGAGGGGAUUAACCUGCCUUUCCCUCACUGUACUGGGUCUCCCCAGCAAACUGAAGCUGCUGUGUGGUUGAAAAUGGCAGCUGGCAGCUGGGGUACCAGGCAUCAUAUACCGCAUUGAAUGUGCCCAGGUUUCUGAGAGGAGAGGACUGGGGCGUGUGUGUGGAGUGCUGCUGUCAAACAUCUGGCCAGGUGGGAAGGUGAGAAUGGGUGUUCCCGAGCAGAAGUGAAGGGAAUGGGAAGGAGAACUGUUAACCUACCUGCAUACACUUCAACGACAGCAGCAAAAAAAAAAAAAACAAAAAAAAACAAACUUGUUG